CGUCGAGCUUUUGGGCCGCAUUUGCCGUUUCCCAGAGAGACCCCUCCCCCAGCAUCCCAGAGCAUCAUAAGGAUUACACCAACUUAGCAAACGAACGCUGGACGACGGCCCCCGGAUCAAUUCACUGUUCCAACAGCCAACACCAUGCAGCAGCCAUGGCUAGCAACCCGCGUAACCCCCGCGUGUCGAAUGCCAUCGACAGUCUGAUCACGCAUUUGGUGCCCAGCAAUCCGGACGACGACGAAUACACAGCCCAGCAGCGACACCGUGCUUCCUUCGAGCUCGUGCAGAGCAUCCUUGAUCGCCCCGGUUCACCCGUCUCGUCCGACGUAAACCAUGCUUCGGAUCUCAUCAAGCGCAAGCUCAUCCAGAGCAACCCUAGCCAGGCCCUGAGGUUCUCCAACCUCUACACGAGGCUGCUGUCGCUGCCGGUGCUCAACCAAAAAUGGGCGAUCCUGUACCUUCUCUACCAGCUCUCCGACUCCCCUGAUCCCAACGAGCCCCCGCCUUUAAGUCCGCCAAAACGGGCAGCGCAACGAGAACCCCCUCGGCCGGCAGAGAAGGAAGGGCGGUCGAGGGCGUCGACUGCUGCCCCCACGCCCGAGGAAGAAGUGGUCGGCGAUGCGUUCGCGCCCGGUGGCCUGAAGAAACUACCCACCGAGAAGAAUCCCAAGCGCAGUCAGGCCGAGGAGAGGCCACCUGCCCAGCCCCCUGUUGACGGGACGCCAAAGAAGGCAGUUAGGGAUGUGUCUAUAAAGUCGACGUUGCUGGCCGACAAUUCCAACGACUUCGAACCAUCCGAGAUGGCCCUGCUGAGAGACUUGCCCUAUACCCUCCAGGGGCUCUCGUCCACCACCCUUCCCUUCGCCAGAGAGAGCGCCCUAAAGCUGCCUCGUACUCUUCCGACGCCAAUCAUAUCGCUCCUCCAUACCCUUGCCGAACCUUCGCUGCUCUAUAGGGGGCUUGCGGCUUUUGUCAAGUCGCCCGCGAAGGGCCUGCUUGGCCAAAGCUUGCGCGCGGCUAUCAACAAGGAGUUGCGGUCGUACCUCACCCUUGUCGCCACGCUCGAGGCGCAAAUACGGAGGGCGCUCGCGGCCAUCGACGAAUCUGCACCUCGCGGGGGAAUCGGGAAGGCCGGCGUCACCCUGAAGCGCUGUGUGGUAUGGACUCGAGAGGCCACCAUGGGCCUGCGCCUCAUGUCCCUGAUCGCCGAGGAAAGUAAUACGAGGCACGGCGGGCAGAUCAUCAGCAUGAUUCAUGGCUUCUCUACAUCCCACGGCGAUCCCGUCGUGGCUGCCUUUGCCGAGCGCCUGCUGGCAGACGUGACGCGCCCAUUCUACGACAUCCUCCGCCGCUGGAUCUAUGACGGUGAGCUGUCGGACCCGCACCUCGAGUUCUUCGUCAGGGAACAAAACCCCGAUGACGAGAAGCGCAAGGAGUCCAAGGCCAAGGGUCAGGCUAGUGUCUGGAACUCCAAGUACGAAGUCGUCGACAGCAUGGUACCCAGCAUCAUCACGGCCGACUUUGCCCAAAAGGUGUUUCUGAUCGGGAAGUCGCUCAACUUUAUCCGCCACAGCUGCGGCGACAGUCAAUGGGUCGACGCGUAUUCCAAGACCUCGUCCAAGCCGCUCAGCUACGGCGACACCGCGACGCUCGAGACGUGGAUCGACGAAGCCUACAAGACGACGAUGCGGCGACUGAUGUACCUCAUGAGCAACCGCUUCCACCUCUUCGAGCACCUGCAGGCUCUCAAGAACUACAUCCUGCUCGGCCAGGGCGACUUCAUCGCGCUGCUCAUGGAGUCGCUGGCCGCGAACCUGGACCGGCCGGCAUUCGCACAGUACCGACACACCCUGACGGCCCAGCUGGAAAACGCGAUUCGCGGCUCCAACGCCCAGUACGACAGCGAGGAAGUACUCAAGAGGCUCGACGCCCGCAUGCUGCAGCUCAGCCACGGCGACAUCGGCUGGGACUGCUUCACGCUCGAGUACAAGAUCGACGCGCCCGUCGACGUCGUCGUGACGGAAUGGGGCAACCGCCAGUACCUCAAGGUGUUCAACUUCCUCUGGCGUGUCAAGCGCGUCGAGUUCUCCCUCUCCUCCACCUGGCGCAAGUGCAUGACCGGCUCGCGCGGCGUGCUCCAGACCUCGGACGAGGAAGUGCUCCAGACCUGGAAGAGCACCCGGGGGGUGCUCGCCGAGAUGAUACACUUCGUCGGUCAGCUCCAGUACUACAUCCUCUUCGAGGUGAUCGAGUCCAGCUGGACCGAACUGCAGAAAAAUAUCCGCAAAGAAGACUGCACCCUAGACGACCUCAUCACCGCGCACACCAAGUACCUCACCGCCAUCACCCACAAGGGCCUCCUCGGCGCCCGCCGGCGACAGUUCCAAGAAUCGCUCAAGGAGGCCGCCGCUCAGCAGGGCACCGACCCCACCACCACCACCACUACUACUACUACCACUACUACAACCACCACCACCACCUCCUCCUCCUCCACCAACCACGAAGACCGCAACUCCUACAUGGUGCAGCUGAGCGAGCUCCUCCGCACGAUGCUCGCCUUCCGCGACUGCGUGGACGGGCUCUACAGCUGGUCCCUCUCCGACUUCACGCGCCGCCAGGAGGCCGACGCGGUCAGCAUGCUGCAGCACCGCAACAAGAAGCCGAGGCUCGGCAACGGUGCCGCCCCCCCCGCGGUCCCCGCCGAUCCGGACGACCCUUCCUCGGCGGUCUCGAGCGCGGCCGUGGCCAGCCACGACGCCGACGCCCUCAGGUCCGAGCUGCCGGCGCUGCAGGACCGCCUGCGCCAGCUCGGCGCCGGCUUCAGGGCCCGCCUGCAGAUCCUCCUGGGCGACCUCGCCUACCAGCCGGACGUCGACAUGCGCUUCCUCGGCGUGUCCAUGAACUUCAACGACGUGUACCAGCCGGUCAAGAGGAAGAGGUCCGCCCCGGGUGGGAGCGGCGGCGGCGGCAGCAGCGCGAGCGCGAGCGCUGCUCAGGGGAGUCAGGGACAGCAGCAGCAGCAGAGUCAACAGCAGAGUCAACAGCAGAGUCAACAACAGCAGCAGAGUAGUAGUCAGAGCCAGGGUGUUGCCGGGGCGAAUACCUUGAGAGUGUAGAGGCCCAUAAGCACACGGCGACUCACCGCUAUUGUGCUUAAAAAGGAGGGGAAGAGA